GUGGUUCUGAAAAUGCUAUCGAAGUGGAAUCCAACGCGAAAUAACGCUCGGAUCCACAGUGGAAUUCUGAAGGAUACAGGACGAUCCGCGACGUGAAUGAAAAAGUUGCUAUCAUUUGCCGCAGCGACCUUACAAGGCCGGGAGCAAAGUGGUUGAUAUCUCACAUCACACAAUGAUCCAUCAGUUGUAACCUUAUGAAUUAUGCAGUCUCGCAUUCAACAUGGAUCCAGCAGUGGGUCCAGCAGCUCUACAGAACAGAAUGGUUUAUGAUCGAAAAAGCGAAGCAAAAGCGCAAGGGCAGAUAAAGCGAUUCACUCCCGGAUCAGAAAAUUUUACUACGUAGCUGCAGUUGGAAACAAGGUCCCUGGGUUCAUCUUUGCAAGAAAAUUUUUUUUGACACAGCGACAAAAGAAGCAUGAAUUCGACGGUUGACAACUACAUGAUCAGCGAGGGCAUAGAGUAGGUUUACCGCAGGUUGUUUGUUUAGGACGCACGUUGUCCGUGACAUCUAGAAGUGGGUAUAUAGCAUUUCUGCGUUUUUAGUUCGUUGAUAUUACUUCUGUUCCUUCUCGGCCCGCAAAUUUUAGACCAUGCCCAUCAAGACGAGCGAGACCGACCUCCAAGCGGAGUUGCGAACUCUGUUCGCAGAGCUUCCGUCUUUAGACCAAGCACGCCAGGCGUUCAGUUUCCCUGGGGGUGGGGAGGAUCCUGGUGCGGGUGACAACAAUCCAGGCACAAAAAAGAAGGCGAUGAAGAAGAAGAAGAGACAGGGUACUGUUUCCAGUACAACUGAAACCAACAGUACCGUUGCUGUUGCAGCGGUGGGUCGAGCGCCGAGUAAAAAGCAGGAUGUGAAGAUAACGGCAACAGUUACGGUGCCCUCAGUUGUUGUUUCCGAGGCAGCGUCAACAUCCAAGCUCCCCUCGUCCAUGAAGAAGUCCAAGAAGCGCAAAGCCGGGAAGAACGCGACCACGACCGGUGAGGACAAAGACAAAAAAGAUGGGAACCAAACAGCGAGAACCCAGCAUAAUGAAAAUAUUGCGGAACAAGCGAAGAUGAAAAACGCAACAGAGAAACCACCCGAACCGCCUUUGAAAAAGCAAAAGACGAAAGCACCAGUUACGAACACGACUGCCAGUAGGAGCGUUGCACCGAGUGUUAUCGUCGACCAACCGAAAGAACCCAAGGUUUCUGCGGUGUCCAGCUUACUCGCAUCCUUGAAAGCGAGGCAGAAUGGAGGUGCGCAGCCGACGGAGGUCGUAGCCGGUAGUGGUGCCGCGGACCAACCAGCGAUAUCUACUACUUUGGGAGGCCCAGGAGCCUCCACUGCAGGCGGCGGUGCAGAAGGUCGUGAUAAAAACGGCACACAGCAGCGUGAUCAACAACCUUCGGCGGGAGGAGAGACCGCGGGGAAGACGAAGAAGAACAAAAAUAAAGGAAAAAAUAAAAUUUCAAAGCAAGACGAAGAUGCCUCCGUCGGCGAAUCAACUCCAGCCGCGCCACAGCCUCAACUCUCCGCCAAACUGCAGGCCGCCAGGUUCCGGGAGUUGAACGAGCAGCUUUACACUUCCACCGGGCAAAACGCGUUGCGGUGGUGGAAAUCGCAGCCCCACUUGUUCGAAAAAUACCACGCAGGGUUUGCGGAGCAGGUGCGGAAAUGGCCCUCGAACCCGGUCGACGUGUUGAUUGAGUUUUUGGAAAAGAAAUUCUCGAUCUCGACUGCUUCAAACGGUACUAUGAGGACUAGUGGAGUUGUGGCGCAUGAUGACAGCGAUGAGGGUCGUCAUGCACGGGUGCAGGGCAAGAAGCAAGUUUCCUACGACGACCGAGACGACAUGUCGAUUGAAUCAGAAGAGGAAGAGGAGCUAGAAGAGGAAGAUUCUGCACUCUCUCAGUCUGACGCGGAAAUCCUGGGCGGGGAUUCGGAUGUAGAUUUGGACGAUGAAAUGUCAGAGGAGGAGGAGGAAGAGGGUCUUAGUUCAGACGAAGAUGCAGUGCUUUCCAAGAAAGAAAAGAACAAGGAGGGAACCAAGUCAGCAGCCGAUAGCGGCUCAGACGACGAGGCCGCGGGUCAGACCACUACUAGCAAAAAUAAGCAGGAGGGGACAUCAUUACCUUCUAGUAGUACUACUUCAUCCUUCUUCAACAUUACCGAUUUGGGAUGCGGCGAAGCGAAAAUCGCCAGACAGUUGGAAGGCCGGUUUGUGUCGAUCCAGAGUACUGGUGGUACAACCGGUGGUGGUUCAGAACAAGUAGAUCAGGUUUCGGGUCAGAAGGGCUCCACCAGAAAAAGCCAGGUCGUCACGAAGAAACAGAUCAAGGUUCACAACUUUGAUUUGGUCAGCAGGGAGAUCGAGAGAUCAUCGUCGUGUGAUGGUAAAAAUCUCAAAACCAAUUCCACCACUAUCAAGAUCCAGGCCGCAAAUAUCAACCAGCACGUGCCCCUCGCCACCGGUACCCAGGACGUUGUGAUUUUGUGCCUCGUAUCAAAUGCAAACAUCGAUCUGGGUCUGGAAGGAUGUUGCACUAAGGUUUGUCAUGCUUGUCUGGCAUAACCGAAAAGUUUGUGAUGCGUGGCCAAGAAGAGACCCUUUGGCCUGCCAUGCAAUAGAACGCAAUUUGUCAUGCGAAAAGCGCAAUACUAAGAAAGCCGCGACAAUAUUUCUCAUGCUUGGCUGUGCAUCACAGGGCAUUCACUAUUCCGAACGCAGCAUUACAAGUUUCCAAACCCAGAUGACAUGUUUACAGUUGAUACCUCGCGCUGAUGGGCACGGACUGUCUAAACGCGAUCAAGGAAGCGAGUCGGUUGUUGAAGCCGAAGACUAUCCUGUGCAAAAGUAUCGUACUCGUAGUAAUUGCAUUAAUGCAUUACAAAUUCAUUUCUCAAGUUAAAUCCGCAUUACAAAUUUCAUUUCUCAUGCUGAGGAAAUUUGUAAUGCAAUUUAUACUAAUACGAUGCUUUUGCACUGCAUAAAGACCGGUCUGUUGCUCAUCGCGGAGGUGCAGUCGCGGUUUCAGGAGUCCGGCGUGGAGAAAUUUGUCGCGGAUGUGGAAAAGAACGGAAACUGCUGGCGCAUGAAACAGCGGGAACAGAGCCGGUUGUUUGAGGAGAACUCAAACACGCACUUUUUUAUCAAGGGCUUCUACCGGUGGGGACUGUUUCUUGCAGGGAGUAAGGAAACGGCAGCUACUAGUAGUACAACUGGGGAAAAGCAAAAGGACGGAGCUUGUGCUGAAUCUGGAUCUACUGAUGUUCCCUGGAAGACGAAGGGUAACAGCAAAGGCAAAGGCAAGAAUCAUAUUAAAGGGCAAAACAAACCACAGGGCGGCGGAGGCAAGAAGGGGAAAGGUAAAGGAAAGGGUGGGAAGAACAAAAGUAAAGGCGGCAAGAGCUCCGACCAGGGAAACAAGGGGAAGCGCGCCGUCGGGAAAGGCAGUGGGGACAAAAAUGCUGGUUGGACCGCACCGAAAGCCUGCAUUUACAAGCGACGCUAAGUGGAGAUAGGAUAAUUUGAGGUGCGCUGUUUUUGUUGUGCAAAAUCAAAAAAGCAGCGCGCGAGGACGAACGGACCUCGUGCGCGAAAAAAGACGACAUACGAAUGUCUUCACAUGGAUGCAUCCUGCUCUAUUUUUCAAGAAAUCUAGAGCCAAAAAUAAAAAAUCAUUAAAUCGAUGAGGCUGGU